AUGGUAACUGACAAGUUAGAUGUGGAAGUAUCUCAAAUUAUAGAGAGGAUGCAAUCCAUGUUUGGUUAUAUAGUGUCAUAUAAGAAGGCUUGGAAUGCAAAACAAUUAGCCGUUGCCGUUGCUUUUGGGAAUUGGGAGAUCUCAUAUUCCUUACACCUAAGGUGGUUGGCUGCAGUACAAUGCUUCAUGCCCGGAUCAAAUGUACAAUUUUCAAAUAAACAGUGCUCUCAAGUUAAUGCGAAUGGGGAACCAGUUGAAAUGUUUCGCCAUGUCUUUUGGGCAUUUAAGCCGUGCAUUGAUGCCUUUCCACACUUAAAGCCCAUUAUACAAGUUGACGAAACAUUUUUAUAUGGAAAGUAUAAGGGCACGUUACUGAUGACUAUAUCACAAGAUGGUGACAGAAAUGUUGUGCCGCUUGCAUUUGCAGUAGUUGAAGGAGAGACAAGAUCAGCUUGGACAUGGUUCUCAUACCAUAUGCGUCAUUGCAUUGUAAAAGAUAGAAUAGAAAUUUGUUUAAUUUCAGAUAGACAUCGUUCAAUUUUGGCUGUAGUUUCUGAUCCUUAA